CCCAGUGUCCCUGCGUGUCCCUUCACCAUGUGGCCCUACCUGCUGCUUGCCCUGGCCCUGCUGGGCACUGUGCCCCCAGCUGCUCCGGUGAGUGCCCCUACACCCCCACCUGCCUGUGAAGACAUCCUGGGGACAAAUCCGACCCCAGGAUGACACUGCUGGUGUCCCUAGGCCCUGCCAGCCCUGUGGCAGGGGAGAUCGAGGAGGUGGUGGGGCUGGCGGUGCCUGAGGAAGAUAUGGGGGCCAGCAACACAAAGACACUCAGUGUCCCAAGCAUGCCGGGCACCAGAACCCCCACCUACAUCAUGGUCCCCUUCUGCCGGACCUUCCAGCAAGCACAGAGAUACUGUGCCUGCCGAUACCGUGGGAGAUUGGCCUCGAUCCACAGUGCCAGCAUCAAUUCUUUCCUGCUGCGCAUGGUGCACCGGCUCAGCAACGCAGCCCUGGUCUGGAUCGGUGCCGUCAGCCAGCCCGCCUUCCCGAGACCGAGCUGCCACUGGACCGACCGGAGCCGCUGGGACUACAGCCAGUGGGUGCCUGGGCACCCCCUGCCUGGCCACCGCUUCUGCACCAGCCUCUGCUCCAACAAUGGACGCUGGAUGAGCGUGAACUGCAGGAGGCGGCUGCCCUUCAUCUGUGAGAUAUGAGGAUCUCAGCCCCCCGGGCCCUCCCCUGCCCGCCCUGCCA